CAUUUUUGUGCGUGCUUAGCAGUGCAGAGAAACCUGCUGCGCCGUCAGCUGAACGCCGUUCACACCGGACCGUCCGCCUCGCUCCAGAGAGAAAAUAAGAACAUCCUGAGCCUCCCAUCUGUCCGAGCAAUGAGCGGCUUCUACCAAGGAACAACCAGAACCUAUCAAAUCCCAGUCGACCAUCUUGACUACAAGUUCAUUGAAGAAUGUAAAGACAUUAAGCAUCUUGAAAAGAUCUUGAGAGUUCUAAGGUUGGGGGAGGAAGGACACUACCCAGAUCUGACAACAUUUUGUGAAAAGAGAAUUGAAGCUUUGUCUCCGAACAAUCGCUCUCUAAGGAAGGACAAACCACCUGCCACGGCUGCCGACUUCUCCUUGGAAGACUGGCAAGAGAUUGAUAAUGAUCUGAAGACAUUUUUAACAGACAUAAAACUGAGAGAACCAGAAGCUGUCUCUCUAAACACGGACAAUUUGCCUCCCAUCCGCAGUUGUUCUAAUGGUCCAGAAACUACCAAGAAUAAAGGAAAAGAAUAUGGAUCGGCCAGCUCGAAGGUUCCUAGAGAUUACAGAGACUGGGAUAGAUUCAAUAUUGAAAAAGAACUAUCGGAAAUUGAUAAAAGCAAAGAGAGCAAUGAGACGUCAAAGACGGUAAUAAACUCGACAGCAACAAAAAUAAAGAAGACCGUAGAUACAACGGCUAUCAGCCCAGAGCAAAAAAGGUUUCUUGCAGAACAUGAGAAAGAAAAGGGGAAUGAAGCUUUCAGAUCUGGAGAUUAUGAGGAGGCCAUAUCGUAUUACAGUAGGAGUAUCUCUAUAAUAGCCUCAGUGGCUGCAUAUAAUAACCGGGCCCAGGCAGAGAUUAAGCUGAAGAACUGGCAGAACGCUCUCAACGACUGUCAACAAGCGUUGGAUUUGGAGCCUGGCAACGUGAAGGCUCUUUUGCGACGUGCUGUGGUCAACAAAAACCUACAUAAGCUCCCCGCUGCAUCCAGCGAUCUCAAGACGGUCUUGCUUCACGAACCAGAGAAUCCUACAGCAAAGAAAGUUCUAUGUGAAGUGGAAGAGCUGCUACAAAAAGAGAAGGAAGAGACGUCAAAGAAAGGGAGAAGAAUCAUCAUUCAGGACAUCGAGGGCUCGGAUGAAGAAAAUCAGGACCCAUCAAUGAAUGACAAGGAAGCCGGUGUGACAGCAAGAGGAGGAGAGACUGCAGCCGAGCGGAUUGCAAUGGGGAAUGCUCAAAAAAAGUUUUCUCCUAAGAAAGGGAAUGAAAAGGAGGAGAUGAACCAGACGCCCAGGCACAGCACGGCAAGCACACCGAAUGGGGUGAAGGAGAGCGGCAAAAUCCUGGUCGAACAGCAGGGAAAACCCCAGCAGCGGGCUCGGAGCGGGAGCCAGGAAGCCAAGCUGUCAUCACAGCCCCUUCCUCUUGCAGCACAGCUGAAAAACGAAGGCAACCAGCUUUUUAAGAAUGGUCAGUUCGCCGAGGCGUCCAUCAAGUACACAAAGGCCAUCCAGAACCUCAAGAGCACACCUUCAGAGGACGCCGAAGAAAUGGGGAUCCUGUACUCUAACCGAGCGGCGUGCCACCUCAAGGACGGGAACUGCGCCCAGUGCAUCGAGGACUGCAACAGUGCCCUGGAAUAUCAGCCAUUUUCACUGAAACCACUCCUGCGACGUGCAAUGGCAAACGAGUCCCUUGAGAAGUACAGACAAGCAUACGUGGACUAUAAGGUUGCCCUUCAGAUAGACAGCGGGAUGCAGCUGGCCAACGACAGUAUCAACAGGAUUUCAAGAACAUUAAUCGAUCUAGAUGGGUCCAGCUGGAGAAAGAAACUUCCCCAGAUCCCCUCAGUGCCUGUGUCCUUCCAAAUACAGCAUCAGGAAAAGACCACGGCAGCCACAAAUAAUGGCCAUUCAGACAGUGGUGCAGGUAAAUCCAUAGAGGAGAGGUUCCUGUCCCUGAAACAGGAGGGGAACGACUGCGUGAAGAAGUGUCGGUACAGAGAAGCAGAGAAGAAAUAUACGGAGUGUCUACAGUUGAAGCCAGAGGAGUGCGCCCUGUACACCAAUAGAGCCCUGUGCUACUUGAAGCUGUGCCAGUAUGAAGAGGCCAGGCAGGACUGUGAAUGUGCCCUGCAGAGGGAUGCUUCCAAUAUCAAAGCCUUGUACAGACGGGCUCAGGCCUACAGAGGAUUAGAGAAAUACCAAGAUUGUGCCAGCGAUCUCAGAAAACUUAUUUCACUAGAUCCAGGCGUCACAGAAGCAAAAACUCUAUUGACAGAAAUCACACCCUACUUAUCCACCGAUGGAGACGGAAAGCAAAGGAAGAAGAUCCUGAUAGAAGAGGUGAAUGAUGAGGAAGAGGAUGCAUCUGAUCAAGGUAACGUCAAUGGACAUGAAAAUAAUUCACAGAGGACGACGGAAAUUCCCCACAUCACAAAGCCAAGUAAUGCCCUGGAGUUUGAACAAGUUAUGAAUGUGAUGAGGGCCGGGAAAGAUCAGAAAAGUUGUGCCCAACUACUGUCUAUUAUAGACCCAAAGGACUUACCAGUGUUCCUAAGUAACAAGCUAGACACAGAGACUAUCCUGCUUAUUGUACAGUCACUACAGCACCAUGUCCUGGACAAGCACCCUGCCCUGGUAUACCAGCACCUGGCACACCUAAGCUCCGCGGACCGGUUUUCGGUUGUAGUCUUACUACUGAACACAGAUGAAAAAGACCAAGUCCAGAGUGUCCUCACGAGUCUGUCAGAAAUGGAAAAUGAGAACUUUGACCGAGACGCUCUAUCCAGCCUCAUGAAGAAAUAUGGACUCUGAACUCCUGAACCCAUGGGUUAUAUGCACGGUUUGAUUUUCAUCAUUAGGGAGCAAUAAACUAUGCAAAUUGUAAUAUAUGAGCUGACUGAUAACCUAUGCAGCAUGACUGUAAAUGUCCUCUUCAUCCUCCGCUCACAUCCUGGAUGAGAAUCAUCAGCGUACGAAAUGUUUUCAUCUGUCCAUUAUGGGUCACCCGCCCACGGACACAAUUUUCCAGUGAUAUCGUUUUAAUUCUAUUAAUUAUCUCAUCAGUCUCAUAUUAGCAGCAUGGCGGCCAUGCUAUGACGUAUACUUGCGGUCGGCGCAUUGUGUUGUGGCACAGUCAUCCAGAUGCACUGUGUGGUAGUUUUCUACCUCAAAUCUAAACCACGACUGCAUAUCCCCAGUGGACACCACAUCCUCCUCCAUGUGUCGGUAGUUUCACUACAACUUUCAGAUAUUCACAGACCCUGUUUAAUAUACAGUAUAAGGAGUGGUUACAUUUAUUUUUUACAGAAUAUGAUUUAAAGGAGAUUUCUCAGUGCAGAAUAGUGGUUUACCCUUGGGAUAGGUCAUCAGAUCGCGUGGGUCCACGCUGAUCAGCUGUUGAAAGGGAUUGUGACACUUGGACAAAGGUGUGGCCACGUCAUUGUUUACAUGGGGCUGUCUACUUGCACUUCAUCUACUUAGUAGAGGCAGGAUAUUUUAUUACUGAUGACCUAUCUUCUGGAUAGGUCGUCAGUAUCUGAUCAGUGGGGGUCUGACACCCAGGACCCCCACUGUUCAGCUGUUUGACAAGAGACUGGAGAUCCUGUGAGCCCUGCGGCCUUCUCGCAGUCUACCAAGCACAGCGCCGUACAUUGUAUAGCGGCUGUGCUUGGUAUCUUGCUCAUGUCCAUUCACUUCUUUGGGGCUGAGCUGUGCCUAGGUCACGUGACCAAUAAAUGUGACGUCACUGGCC